CAUGUUAAUUUUCUUUUCUAACAGUCUUCGAUCAGCGAGAGCCUCCAGCGGGAAGCCUUAAAAAAGCAAGCAAUGAAACAAACCAAGAUGGAGAUCCAGAGGGCGCUGGCAGAAGACUCCACCGUAUAUGAAUAUGAUGGUAUUUAUGAGGACAUCCAGCAAAAGAAGGCAGAGGGCCACGCCAGCGUCCUUGCAGGGAGAGCAGAAAAAAAGCCCAAAUACAUCCAAAAUAUCCUCAGGGCGGCUGAGCUGCGGAAGAAGGAGCAGGAAAAGCGAAUGGAGAAGAAAAUUCAGAAGGAGCGGGAGACAGAAGGAGGUGCCUUUGACGACAAAGAAGCCUUCGUGACGUCGGCGUACAAGAAGAAGCUGCAGGAAAGAGCCGAAGAGGAGGAAAGGGAGAGGAAGGAGGCAGCGGUUGAAGCUUGCCUGGACGUUACCAAGCAGAAGGACCUGAGUGGCUUCUAUCGGCAUCUGCUGAACCAAGCAGUGGGGGAAGAGAAGAUGCCCCACUGCAGCCUUCGGGGGCCUGGAAUCAAGGGAGAAGACCUCAGUGAGAAGCCGCCAAACUCCAAUCAAACCCACAAGAGUCUGGAAGACAAAACGAGGACUCGCGUUCCCGGAAAGGGAGAGGAGACCCUGGCUGCAGACAGCGACUUGCAAACGGAUGGCAGUGAUGGUGAGGACAGGGCUGCCGAGGGAGCCCCGGAGAGCAGAAGCGGAGAGGGAAAGGCGGCUGGGGCAGGCUGCGGGGAUCAUGGCGGGGGCCGUCCCAAGCCCGGGCCAAGCCAGCGGGACUCCAGGUCACCCAGCGAGGAAAGACGCCUCCACGCCCACCAGGCCGAGAGGGGAGACGGGAGGAGAAGGGGGAAGGCUGGCCAGCAUGACGAAAAGAACCACGAGAGAAGGCUCCAAAGCCACAGGAAGGAUGAGCGAAGCAGGACUGAGGGCCAUCACAGGAGGCGGCAAGACCGGGAUGAUCGGCAGAGGAGGAAGGACUGGGAGGAAGAGGAGGAGGAGGAGAAGCGAGAGCAGAGGAGAGGAAGAGAAAAGAGGGAGCAUCGAGCCAAAGAGAGGGACCGGGAGGGAGACCGGGAAAAGGGAAGGGGAAGGGAGGCAGCCAGCAGGGAAGGGAGAGACGAGAAGCCGAAACACGGGAGGAAAUGCAGCUCUGGGUCCACGGCCCAAGAGGGCCCCUGGGCUCAGGGAGGAAACCCCUCCAGCCCAGAGAAGUCCCCCGAGCUGAAGCACAAGACUUCAGCUGACAGCGGAGAGCCGCUGGAGAAGCCUCCGGAGAGCCUCAGCAAAUUUGCUAGGCGUAGCAACCAGGAGACGGUCUCAUCUGCCCGGGACCGCUACCUGGCCCGGCAAAUGGCUCGCGUGGGCACCAAAUCCUACGUGGAAAAAGAGGAAGAUUAGGCCUGGCUUCAUGGGGGAAUCUCAGGGCCUUUUGAGUGGAAGUCAUAUCUGGCCAUUCUGGGUAUGAGAAGCAAACCUAGUGGACUUACGGACUGCUGGAGGGGGCUCAGCUCCUUUUUAGCCUGCUCUCUUGGGGCUGGGGGUCUCCUAGGCUGGAGCACAUUUCCAGGCCCAGUCUGGGGCCUUCAGGCAUUUCCUCAAGAUCCAGAAAGUGCCCAAGAGUACACAGGAAGAGAAGCAUGCCUAUUAUACGAGAUCAGAGCAUUCUUAUUUUUUUGUUUUAAAUACACUGCACUUCCACAGCAGACUUAAAGAUGAGGAGUUUCUGUUUGGUGUUUUGUUAUUUCUGCCUUCGAGAACCAGCGAAAUAAAGUGAAAAGGCGAACUAU